UGCGCCGUCAGGGCGAGGCUGCACCGCCGCGGGCGGGGGGCGCGCUGGCAUCCGGACGGCGUUUGGUUUUCAUUUUAUUUUUUUUUUAAAUUGAGGCCGUGGAGGAGGGAAUUGGAGCUGGACCCACUGGCUAUGUGCUUUCGUCUCGAUUUCUGCCCACGCUCGCACGAUUCCUCCUAGUGAAGGAGGGACUCGUAGCGCCACCCCCGGACCGAUAGCUCGAGCCCCGUGCAGUCGGGGAUGGUUCUGCGCGCCUUGCCGCUCCCACCCGGGUCUCUCCAGCACGAAUCUGGGGGGCGCAGAGGCUGAGCUGCACCGCCGCUCAACGAUCUGCCACGGGGCGGCUCGGGACCUCGGGCAGCUCCGAGAGUCCCGGCGGAAGGCGGCGCGCGGCAGCCUGCGUGGGCAGGGGGCCGGCGGCCGGCCGCAGAGGCAAGUUGGCUCCGGUGGGGAUUCCGCGAAGAAAACUGCCCUCCCGUCCCUGAGCGACGCUCCAGGAGCCAAGCUAAAGGACAACUCGCCCCUCCUGGCCCCUUUCCUCGCUGCGCCGCCCCCCCGGGACCCUCCGAAGUGCCCCGUGCAGGGUUCUGGCCCCGGCUCCCUGCUGAAGAGGCCGCCGCCGCCGGACUGGGGAUUCCAUACUUCAUGGGCGGGUCGUGGGGGGGUCGGGCGCUUGGCGAGGGGGCUACCUAGAGCCUGGUUAGGGGAGGCCGAGCGCCCAGCGAGGCGUCGGGGAGAGAUCGGCCAAGGGCGGCUGAGAGACCUGCAAGGGGCGAGCGAGAGCCGGGUGAGGGGCGGCCCACACCCCGGGGAGCGCGCCCUCGGGGCGGCCAGCGCGGCGGCCCUCUGCGAGGCGAUGCUGGGUCGGCUACGAGCCGCCCGCCGCCCGAGGCCCUAGGUGGACAUGGACCUGACGCCCCAGUCUUAGGGACCCUCGAAAUUCUUCCCCGUGCUUGGACUCGCCGGACUGACGCGAUGGCCUCGGAAGUGGUGUGCGGGCUCAUCUUCAGGCUGCUGCUCCCCAUCUGCCUGGCAGUAGCGUGCGCGUUCCGGUACAAUGGGCUCUCCUUUGUCUACCUCAUCUACCUCUUGCUCAUCCCUUUGUUCUCAGAACCAACAAAAGCGACGAUGCAAGGACAUACGGGCCGGCUAUUAAAGUCUCUGUGCUUCACCAGUCUUUCCUUCCUGUUGCUGCAUAUCAUCUUCCACAUCACGUUGGCUAGCCUGGAAGCUCAACACCGUAUUGGACCUGGUUACAACUGCUCCACAUGGGAAAAGACGUUUCGGCAGAUUGGCUUUGAAAGCCUAAAGGGAGCUGAUGCUGGCAAUGGGAUCAGAGUGUUCGUGCCUGAUAUUGGGAUGUUCAUUGCGAGUCUGACCAUCUGGCUCGUCUGCAGAAACAUCGUUCAGAAACCAGUGACGGAAGAAGCAGCACAGUAUAACUCGGAGUUUGAAAAUGAAGAAUUGGCUGGAGGGGAAAAAUUAGAUGCGGAAGAGGCGCUGAUCUACGAAGAGGAUUUGGAUGAAGGGGACGGUGUUGAAGGUGACGUGGAAGAGAGCACAAAGUUAAAAAUGUUCCGCAGACUCGCCUCAGUAGCCUCCAAGCUUAAAGAGUUUAUUGGCAACAUGAUCACCACCGCGGGAAAGGUCGUGGUGACGAUUUUACUCGGUUCGUCAGGUAUGAUGUUGCCAUCUUUGACCUCAUCUGUAUACUUCUUUGUAUUUUUGGGUCUGUGCACCUGGUGGUCCUGGUGCCGAACUUUCGAUCCAUUGCUGUUCAGCUGUCUCUGUGUUCUGCUGGCUAUUUUCACUGCGGGACACUUGAUUGGACUUUAUUUAUACCAGUUCCAGUUCUUUCAAGAAGCGGUUCCACCCAAUGACUACUAUGCAAGGUUGUUUGGUAUCAAAUCAGUCAUUCACACAGACUGUUCCAGCACCUGGAAGAUCAUAGCAAACCCAGACCUGUCAUGGUAUCACCAUGCCAACCCCAUCGUCCUCCUGGUGAUGUACUACACGCUCGCAACGCUCAUCCGCAUCUGGCUACAGGAGCCUCUUGUGCAGGAUGACAGGACCAAGGAAGAGGACAGAGCCCUGGCUUGUAGCCCCAUCCAAAUAACAGCGGAGAGGAGGCGAAGCCUGUGGUAUGCCACCCAUUACCCAACUGAUGAAAGAAAACUUUUAUCCAUGACCCAAGAUGACUACAAACCAUCCGAUGGCCUGCUGGUGACUGUGAACGGCAAUCCUGUAGACUACCAUACCAUCCACCCAAGUCUGCCCAUAGAGAACGGCCCUGCCAAAGCCGAGCUGUACUCCACCCCCCAGUACCGGUGGCAGCCCUCCGAAGACUCCUCAGAAAAGAAAGAGGAAGAAGAGGAUGAGAAGGAAGAAUUUGAGGAGGAAAGGAGCCAUGAGGAGAAACGAAGCGUUAAAGUUCACGCCAUGGUCUCUGUGUUCCAGUUUAUUAUGAAACAAAGUUACAUCUGUGCCCUCAUUGCCAUGAUGGCUUGGAGUAUCACCUAUCACAGCUGGUUGACCUUUGUGUUGUUGAUUUGGUCAUGCACCCUUUGGAUGAUUCGCAACAGAAGAAAAUAUGCCAUGAUCAGCUCUCCUUUCAUGGUUGUCUACGGAAAUCUGUUGCUGAUAUUACAGUAUAUAUGGAGUUUUGAACUUCCCGAAAUUAAGAAGGUCCCAGGAUUUUUAGAAAAGAAAGAGCCAGGAGAACUUGCCUCCAAGAUACUUUUCACCAUUACUUUUUGGCUCCUGCUGAGGCAACACCUCACUGAGCAAAAAGCUCUUCAAGAGAAAGAAGCUCUUCUAUCUGAGAUCAAAAUCGGAAGUCAGGAAAAUGAAGAAAAAGAUGACGAGCAAGAUAUACAAAUGGAAGGAGAGCCUGAAGAGAAGGAGGAAGAGGAAGCCAAGGAAGAGAAGCAAGAGAGAAGGAAGGAAGAAGAAGAGGAAGUGGAAGAAGAUGAUGACCAGGACAUUAUGAAGGUCCUGGGCAAUCUGGUGGUGGCCAUGUUCAUCAAGUACUGGAUCUACGUCUGCGGAGGAAUGUUCUUCUUCGUCAGCUUCGAGGGUAAAAUUGUGAUGUACAAAAUCAUCUACAUGGUGCUGUUUCUGUUCUGUGUGGCCUUGUAUCAGGUGCACUACGAAUGGUGGAGGCGAAUCCUAAAGUAUUUUUGGAUGUCUGUGGUGAUUUACACAAUGCUGGUGCUUAUCUUUAUAUACACAUAUCAGUUUGAGAACUUCCCAGGCCUGUGGCAAAAUAUGACCGGAUUGAAAAAAGAAAAGCUGGAGGAUCUUGGCUUAAAACAGUUUACCGUGGCAGAGCUGUUCACUCGUAUCUUCAUCCCCACCUCCUUUCUUUUGGUGUGCAUUUUACACCUUCACUACUUCCACGAUCGGUUCCUGGAGCUCACAGACCUGAAGUCCAUUCCCAGCAAGGAAGACAGCGCCAUCUACAGCCAUGCCAAAGUCAAUGGGCGCGUUUAUCUAAUAAUAAAUAGCAUCAAGAAAAAAUUACCAAUCCACCAAAAUGAACUGGCCCACCCCGAAGGAAGCCUUCCGGACCUCGCCAUGAUGAAUCUGACCACCAGCCUGGAGAAGCCGGACAUCAGGAAGCUGGCCGAGCCUGGGGAUGACAAACCAGAGGGAUGCCCUUAUAAGGCUGAGAAGGCUGAGCUUGGGAAAGACAGCGAGGAGGAGGAGGAAGAAGAGGAGGAAGAGGAAGAGGAGGACGAGGAGGAAGAGGAGGAGGAAGAGACUUCAGAUUUAAGGAACAAAUGGCAUCUGGUGAUUGACCGUCUCACUGUGCUCUUCUUAAAAUUCCUGGAAUAUUUCCACAAGCUGCAGGUGUUUGUGUGGUGGAUUUUGGAGUUGCAUAUCAUCAAAAUCGUUUCAUCGUACAUUAUCUGGGUUUCUGUGAAAGAGGUGUCUCUGUUCAACUAUGUAUUCUUGAUUUCUUGGGCUUUUGCUCUGCCAUACGCCAAGCUGCGCCGUCUCGCUUCGAGUGUCUGCACUGUCUGGACGUGUGUGAUCAUCGUUUGCAAAAUGUUGUACCAGCUGCAAACCAUUAAGCCCGAGAACUUUUCUGUCAACUGUUCCUUGCCAAAUGAAAACCAGACAAAUAUACCCAUCCACCAGCUGAACAAGUCUCAGCUCUACAGCGCUCCUAUUGACCCAACAGAAUGGGUGGGCCUGAGGAAGUCUUCCCCUCUGCUUGUCUACCUGAGGAAUCAUCUCCUGAUGCUGGCCAUUCUGGCCUUUGAGGUUACAAUUUACCGCCAUCAGGAAUACUAUCGAGGUCGAAACAACCUCACAGCCCCUGUGUCUAAAACCAUCUUUCAUGACAUUACAAGACUCCAUCUAGAUGAUGGACUUAUUAAUUGUGCCAAAUAUUUCAUAAAUUACUUCUUCUACAAGUUUGGUUUGGAGACCUGUUUCCUAAUGUCAGUUAACGUAAUUGGCCAGCGAAUGGAUUUCUAUGCCAUGAUUCACGCCUGCUGGCUGAUCGCUGUCUUGUACCGGCGCAGAAGAAAGGCCAUUGCGGAGAUCUGGCCCAAGUACUGUUGCUUCCUGGCCUGCAUCAUCACCUUCCAGUACUUCAUCUGCAUCGGCAUCCCUGCAGCCCCUUGCAGAGAUUACCCGUGGAGGUUCAAGGGGGCUAGCUUCAACGACAACAUCAUAAAGUGGCUGUACUUCCCAGACUUCAUCGUGCGGCCCAACCCCGUGUUUCUUGUCUAUGACUUCAUGCUGCUCCUGUGUGCCUCCUUGCAAAGGCAGAUUUUCGAGGAUGAAAACAAGGCUGCGGUGCGCAUCAUGGCAGGGGACAACGUGGAGAUCUGCAUGAACCUGGACGCGGCCUCCUUCAGCCAGCAUAACCCGGUGCCGGAUUUCAUCCACUGCAGAUCUUACUUAGACAUGUCCAAGGUGAUCAUCUUCAGCUACCUCUUCUGGUUUGUCCUCACCAUCAUCUUCAUCACGGGGACAACCAGGAUCAGCAUCUUCUGCAUGGGUUACUUGGUGGCCUGUUUCUAUUUCCUGCUCUUUGGGGGCGAUCUGCUGCUGAAACCCAUCAAGAGUAUCCUGCGCUAUUGGGACUGGCUGAUUGCCUACAAUGUGUUCGUGAUUACAAUGAAAAACAUACUGUCAAUAGGGGCAUGUGGAUACAUUGAACAAUUGGUUCAAAAUAGUUGCUGGUUGAUCCAAGCCUUCAGCCUGGCCUGUACCGUCAAAGGCUAUAAAAUGCCUGAUGAUGAUUCCUCAUGCAAACUACCCAGUGGUGAAGCAGGAAUUAUUUGGGACAGCAUAUGUUUUGCCUUCCUUCUGCUGCAGAGAAGAGUUUUCAUGAGUUACUAUUUCCUACAUGUUGUAGCUGAUAUAAAAGCUUCCCAGAUCCUGGCCUCAAGAGGGGCUGAACUUUUCCAGGCCACAAUUGUCAAGGCUGUAAAGGCAAGAAUUGAGGAAGAGAAAAAGUCAAUGGAUCAGCUGAAGAGGCAGAUGGAUCGCAUCAAAGCCAGGCAACAGAAAUACAAAAAGGGUAAGGAGAGGAUGCUGAGCUUGACCCAGGAAUCGGGGGAAGGCCAAGACAUCCAAAAACUCUCUGAAGAGGAUGACGAAAGAGAAGCAGACAAACAGAAAGCCAAGGGCAAAAAAAAGCAGUGGUGGCGGCCUUGGGUCGAUCAUGCUUCCAUGGUCAGGAGUGGAGAUUAUUACUUGUUUGAAACGGAUAGUGAAGAGGAGGAAGAGGAAGAAUUAAAAAAGGAAGAUGAAGAACCUCCGAGAAGGUCAGCUUUCCAGAGAGCUAUUGGGAAGUUUGCAUCGGCCAUUUUAGCCUUGCCAAAGUCUGUCAUUAAACUUCCCAAAACUAUUCUUCAGUAUUUAAUCAGAGCUGCAAAGUUUGUUUAUCAAGCCUGGAUCACUGACCCUAAAACCGCACUCCGACAGAGACGCAAAGAGAAAAAAAGGUCUGCAAGAGAAGAACAGAAAAGAAGGAGAAAAGGAUCUGGGGAGGGUCCUGUGGAGUGGGAAGACCGAGAGCAGGAACCAGUCAAAAAGAAAUCUGAUGGACCAGAUAAUAUCAUCAAGAGGAUAUUUAACAUUUUGAAAUUCACCUGGGUUCUGUUUCUGGCAACAGUGGAUAGUUUCACAACUUGGCUUAACUCCAUUUCAAGGGAACAUAUUGAUAUAUCUACAGUUCUGAGAAUUGAAAGAUGUAUGCUGACCAGAGAAAUUAAAAAGGGCAACGUCCCUACGCGGGAGAGCAUCCACAUGUACUACCAGAACCACAUCAUGAACCUUUCCAGAGAGUCUGGACUGGACACCAUAGACGACCGUGCUGGCGCUGCUUCUGUUGCACAGACAGCCCACAGGAUGGAUAGCUUAGAUUCCCACGACAGCAUCUCCAGCGAGCCCACGCAGUGCACCAUGUUGUACUCGCGCCAGGGGACCACGGAGACCAUCGCAGAGGUGGAGGCCGAGCAGGACGACGAGGCGGCGGCUGGAGACGCCGACCAGGGUGGGGAGGCCGCAGCGGACAUGGGGCCGGAGGAGGCCUCUGAGGUGUCGGAGGCCUCAGAAGUUGGCCUCACCCCGGAUGCCGAGCUGCCACAGUACUCCACCGAAGAUGGAGACGUGGAGGCCCCGCCGUCCUACAGCAAGGCAGUCAGCUUCGAGCGCCUGUCCUUCGGCUCGCGGGAUGACUCUGCAGGCCAGAGCCACAUGGCCGUGAGCCCCGACGACAGCCGCUCGGACAGGCUGGAGUCCAGCAUCUUACCGCCCCUGACUCAUGAGCUGACGGCCAGCGAGCUGCUGCUGAACAAGAUGUUCCAUGAUGACGAGCUUGAAGAGUCCGAGAAGUUCUAUGUUGGCCAGCCCCGGUUCUUGCUGUUGUUCUACGCCAUGUACAACACUCUCGUGGCACGCUCAGAAAUGGUGUGCUAUUUUGUGAUUAUCCUCAACCAUAUGGUCUCUGCCUCCAUGAUCACCCUUGUGCUCCCCAUUCUGAUCUUCCUCUGGGCCAUGCUGUCUGUCCCCAGACCCAGUAGACGAUUCUGGAUGAUGGCCAUUGUCUACACAGAGGUGGCAAUUGUGGUCAAGUAUUUUUUCCAAUUUGGGUUCUUUCCCUGGAACAAGAAUGUGGAAUUGAACAAAGAUAAACCUUACCACCCACCUAAUAUCAUAGGAGUAGAAAAGAAAGAAGGUUAUGUCCUUUAUGAUCUCAUCCAGCUCCUGGCUCUUUUCUUCCAUCGGUCAAUUUUGAAGUGCCAUGGCUUGUGGGAUGAAGAUGACAUCACUGACAGUGGCAUGGACAAGGAAGAGUCAGAUGAUGAGCUCUCCCUCAGUCGUGGCAGGAGAGCCUCCUCCGAUUCUCUGAAAUCCAUCAACCUGGCUGCGUCGGCAGAGUCGGUACAUGUGUCCUUCCCAGAGCAGCCUUCUGCCAUCCGGAGGAAGCGAUCAGGAAGCAGCUCCCAGAUAUCCCCCAGAUCCAGCUUUUCUUCCAAUAGGUCCCAAAGAGGCAGCACAAGCACAAGGAACAGCAGUCAAAAAGGAAGCAGUGUUUUAAGCAUCAAGCAGAAAAGCAAAAGGGAACUUUAUAUGGAAAAGCUUCAAGAACAUUUAAUCAAAGCAAAAGCAUUUACCAUAAAGAAGACUCUGCAAAUAUAUGUGCCCAUCAGACAGUUCUUCUAUGACCUCAUCCACCCGGACUAUAGUGCUGUGACCGACGUGUAUGUGCUCAUGUUCCUGGCUGACACCGUUGACUUUGUCAUCAUCGUCUUUGGCUUCUGGGCCUUUGGGAAACACUCAGCAGCAGCAGACAUCACCUCUUCACUGUCGGAGGACCAGGUUCCUGGGCCGUUUUUGGUGAUGGUCCUCAUUCAGUUUGGAACCAUGGUGGUGGAUCGAGCCCUAUACCUGAGGAAGACUGUACUGGGAAAGGUCAUUUUUCAGGUCAUUCUCGUGUUUGGAAUUCAUUUCUGGAUGUUCUUCAUCCUGCCUGGUGUGACUGAGAGGAAGUUCAGCCAGAACCUGGUUGCUCAGCUUUGGUACUUUGUGAAAUGUGUUUACUUCGGGUUGUCUGCCUACCAAAUCCGUUGUGGCUACCCAACACGAGUCCUUGGAAACUUCCUCACCAAGAGCUACAAUUAUGUCAACCUCUUCUUGUUUCAAGGGUUCCGCCUCGUUCCAUUUCUGACGGAGCUGAGGGCUGUGAUGGACUGGGUGUGGACAGACACGACCUUGAGCCUUUCCAGCUGGAUCUGUGUGGAGGAUAUCUAUGCUCACAUAUUCAUCCUGAAAUGUUGGCGGGAGUCCGAAAAAAGAUACCCGCAGCCCCGGGGGCAGAAGAAGAAGAAAGUGGUGAAGUAUGGCAUGGGAGGCAUGAUCAUCGUUCUGCUCAUAUGCAUCGUCUGGUUUCCCCUUCUCUUCAUGUCCUUGAUCAAAUCUGUGGCGGGGGUCAUCAACCAGCCCCUGGACGUCUCGGUCACGAUUACCCUGGGAGGGUACCAGCCUAUUUUCACAAUGAGUGCCCAGCAAAGCCAGUUGAAAGUUAUGGAUCAGCCAAAAUUUAAUAAGUUUAUGAAAGCUUUCUCUAGGGACACUGGUGCUAUGCAAUUUCUGGAAAAUUAUGAAAAAGAAGACAUAACAGUAGCAGAACUGGAAGGAAACUCAAAUUCUUUGUGGACCAUCAGCCCUCCCAGUAAGCAGAAAAUGAUAGAGGAACUCAUGGACCCCAAUAGUAGCUUCUCUGUUGUUUUUUCAUGGAGUAUUCAGAGAAACAUGAGUCUGGGUGCAAAAGCAGAAAUAGCAACCGAUAAGCUAUCUUUUCCUCUUAAAAAUACUACACGUAAGAAUAUAGCUAAAAUGAUCGCUGGCAACAACACAGAAAGUUCAAGAACGCCCGUGACUAUAGAAAGGAUCUACCCAUAUUACGUGAAAGCACCUAGUGACUCGAACUCAAAACCUAUAAAGCAACUUUUGUCUGAAAAUAAUUUCAUGAAUAUCACCAUCAUUUUGUCCAGAGACAAUACAACUAAAUCUAACAGUGAGUGGUGGGUUCUCAACCUGACUGGAAAUAGAAUAUACAAUCAGCAUGCCCAGGCCUUGGAACUGGUGGUCUUCAAUGACAAAGUCAGCCCCCCAAGUCUGGGGUUCCUGGCUGGCUAUGGUAUCAUGGGAUUAUAUGCUUCAGUUGUCCUUGUGAUUGGGAAGUUUGUCCGUGAAUUCUUCAGUGGCAUUUCUCACUCGAUCAUGUUUGAAGAGCUUCCAAAUGUGGAUCGAAUCCUGAAGUUGUGCACAGAUAUUUUUUUAGUUCGAGAGACAGGGGAACUGGAACUAGAGGAAGAUCUCUAUGCCAAAUUAAUAUUCCUGUACCGCUCACCAGAAACCAUGAUCAAAUGGACUAGAGAAAAAACAAAUUGAUCAUUUAAGACACAGACUCCAACUCAAGUUAACAUUUGAAUUUUUUUAAAAAAGCACAAUAUUCUCAUAAGAGCUAAGCAUUUCUAGUUGGAUGGAAAUGGUUUCUCUUCUGACAGGUGGUCAGAAGGAGCUGACUUCCUUUUGCAGUCUAAGCUACCUUGCAAAUGAAGGCGCUGUUGAAAAAGUUGUUUGUAAUUCCAUUUCUCCAAAAUCAGGGCUACUUGUUUUAUGUUUUAGUCAACAGUGUCUUGUGUUCUGAUUGACUAUGCAAAGGAGUCAUUUAUGGAUCUCCUCUCUUAGAGAAACAGGAGAGAAGAUGAAGGGAGAAGGAAAGACACCCGUGUUUUUCUGCACAGGGACAGCACCCUUCCUGAAGAGAUGCUAUAAUGGCGGACACUGCGCUCUGUCACCAGUGGGGAAGCUGUGGUGAGGAGAACAGAUGGGACUCAGCACACCCCAAAAAUAUGCAACAGCAAUAGGAGGCUGAAACUCCUGAAUGGAUUUCUAGGGGAAAACGAGAAAGGGAGCUAGAGACCCAUGAAGAUACCAGAGGAAGGAUAAGCCUCAUUCUAAGCAAAAAGUUAACAUUAGUGACACUCUUACUGCCUUAUCUUAACUGAAGACUAAUUAAAAAAUCUUUCCAUUAAACACCAGUGACUUCUCAGGAAAAAAAAAAAAAAGCAGCAAAACAAAUAUGUGGACCGGCUUUGUUGAGGCCCGGCUCAUGACCCGCUUCCGUGAGGGUGGCUGUUCUGCUUCAGAGUUCCUGCUCCUCGUCAGACACAAGCUCCAGGUAGAAAGAUAAAAAUGGCGCCCAGCUGGGUGUGGAAUGAAUACUCUGACUUUGUAACUUUUACUAACUGAGGUCAUGAACGCUCUUCUACCUUUCCCCCUCCCCUCCAACACGCUUUUUCCCAUUUCGAUGAUUUAAGGCAAUGGUGUUUUCCAGUAUGUGACAUUUUCCUCCCUGUUUUUCAGGUAUAUCAAAGAGUUUACAUAUUCCAGUUCACAUUUUUACAUCUGAGACGGGUUUUUUAAGUUCAUAAUUAUGGAAGAAAUAUGUAUAUUGAGCUUGGGGAAAUAAAAAAAAUGGCCUUUUCUUAAAUUAUUAUUAUUGGUAAUACAACCUCUUCAUUAAAUAACAAUGUAGCAUGAAAAUUUAUGAUUGAAAUGUAGUUUUCAUUCCGUAUUGUGAGGAAUCAUUGAAUGGAAUAGAAUACGUCAAAAAAAAAAUGAUCCUAUGUAGUUUGGGUUCAGGACUGAUUUAAAAUAAAGCACAUCUUGCAAAGUCA